AUGAAGAGCGCGGCUAGUCGCGCGGGCGGGAGCGGGGUGGUGUUCGGAGUGGGUCUGGAGGAGGUCAUGCAGCGACCGGGCGAGAGCUCCAUCCCGUCGGUGCUCAAGCAGAUGGUCGCCUACCUCUCCGAACUCGGGUUGAGCGAACCGCUGUUCAGGCAGCCAGCCAACACCAAGGAGCUCCAGGACCUCCGCUACAACCUCAACAAAGGUGGGCGGGUGGACUACGAGGCCAAGCCCAGGCCGGAGCUGGUGGCGGGCCUCUUCAAACUCUACCUGCGCGAGCUGCCGGAGCCCCUCCUCACCUUCCCCCUCUACUCCGCCUUCCUCGCCGCCUCCGAGGAGAGCGACGAGAAGAAGCGAACGGCGCUGUUGAGUGAGCUGAUGGGGCAGCUGCCCAAGCCCAACCGUCUCCUCGUGGAGCUCAUCAUCAAGUUCCUCGCCCGGUUGUGUCUGCACGUAGACGCCAACCACGUGAGCCCGAUCUUCCUGGCCCACAUCUUCACCCACAUCUUCCUGCGGCCCAAGUUCGAGACCAUCGAGACGAUGGUGCAGCUGCCCAAGGCCAUCAACCUCAUGCAGCUCCUCAUCGAGACCGACCCCGAACUCCUCGGCGCAAACACUUUCGGCCUCGUCGGGGACCACCACGACUACCGCGAGCCGCACCGCCGCCGCCGCGCCAAACUCGCCUCCCGUGAGCCGCCCGGUCGGCUCGCCGCGCACGACCGACGGCGGUGA